CCAACAUCUAACAUCCGCCAUCGUGUCUGACCAAUCCUCGUCCACCUCAUCUCCUUCUCUUUCCCAUUCCAUUGUCUUUUCCAUCUCUUCUCCUCCCUCUCCUCCUCUUUUUACACGCCGCCACCGUCGUUUUUACCAGUGUCUCUAAGUGCGAGAAGCUCUUCAGACACUGUGCAUUCAAGUCAUUGCUAGUUAAGACUCUGGAACACAUUCUCUGGUGACUUGGUCCCCCUCCCGCAUUAAUCUAACGCGUCUAUGCAUCAGCAAAGAGCACCCGCCGCCCACCAUCAUUCUUAUUCGUACGCGCCUUAUCCACACGCUUCAGUUUCUGCCGAAAAUACUGUUCCCUCGAUGGCGCAGCCUCAAGUGUACUACCAGCAGCCACCGGCUGACUUUUACCCGCACGUGCCGGGUCAUAACCCACACACUGGUGCAUCCCACGGCACACAGGCGGGGCCAUCCCAAUCAGCGGAAAACAACGCAUUCGCCAUGCCGGACGUUCGUCAAUCAAAAUCCGCCCGACCACGGCCGCCUCCUUCGUCCGUUACAAUGCCCAUGAUCCCCACUUCGCUUCCCGACCCAUCUAUGCAUUCGUACGCUCCGGUACAAGCUCCUGUUCCCCAACAGCAGACGCGUACUGCUAACCGCCGUUCACACAAUCCUGCUGCCACUUUGAAUUCGCCCUCGGCGCCGCGGCCUGAGGAGCUGACAGAUGAAUAUGUCUUGCACCCUUCAGUGUACGCAUUCAAACAAGAGUACCCGCGGCGAGCCAUGGUCGGCUUGGGCCCGUAUAUAGUGCUACAGACAUUGGGAGAAGGCGAAUUCGGCAAAGUCAAGCUAGGUGUUCAUGCGGACUACGGCGUGGAAGUUGCAAUCAAGUUAAUCAGGCGAGGUGAUCUUCAAGAAGAGGCUCAUGCAAGCAAAGUCGAAAGAGAAAUCAACGUUUUAAAGACAUUGAAACACCCAAACAUCGUGCGUAUGUUCGAUGUUCUUGAUACGCACAAAUAUAUCGGUAUUGUGUUGGAGUUUGCUGGAGGCGGGGAGCUUUUUGAGUACAUCCUUGCCAACGAGUACCUGAAGGACAAAGAAGGUCAAAGGAUUUUUGCUCAACUAAUAUCCGGCGUGGACUACCUGCACAAGAAAGGCGUCAUCCACCGUGACUUGAAGUUGGAAAAUUUAUUACUCGACAAGAACAGGAAUCUUAUCAUUACGGAUUUCGGGUUUGCAAACCAAUUUGACUUGUCCAAAGGGGAUCUCAUGUCUACCAGUUGCGGAAGUCCGUGCUACGCCGCGCCAGAACUUGUCGUGCUGGACACACCUUACCAUGGUUCCGCGGUCGACAUCUGGUCCUGCGGAGUCAUCCUUUACGCCAUGCUUGCUGGAUAUCUUCCUUAUGACGACGAUCCUGACAACCCCGAUGCCGGAAAUGUUGUUGAGCUUUAUCGCUAUAUCAUGAAUACCGAACUGCAUUAUCCGGAUCACGUAUCGCCACUGGGCAAGAACCUACUCCAACAUAUGCUUAUCCUUCACCCCGAGCAUCGAAUCAAGAUACCUGUUAUUGUCAAACAUCCAUGGCUCAAAUCCUAUCAUGACAUGUUCAAUAAGUCUGUCGAGGAAUGCGAGGCAGCCUUCCAGGAUGCCAUGUAUAGGAAAAGUAGACAAGCCAGAAAGGAACUGCAAGAGCGUCGCAGAGUUCAGACACAAGCUCGCGAAUCCUUACAGACGAAGGAGAGGGCCCAUGUGCAGCGAAGCCAGAGCAGUGCUCCAGGCACGAUUAUCAAUGCAGCUGCACUUGAUCAAAUCCGUCGCCGACCACAUAGUGCUAUGCCCGGGUCCACCCCACUUCCCGAAAUCAUUGCUAAGCACUCUGAGUCAGUAGAUGACGUAGCGCUCACUAUGCGAUCGGCUACGCCCCCAACUGCCCUCUCUCAACCGACUGAGAUUCGUUCCCCUACUACUGAGUCCCCGCGCCCACGGUCUGAGUCCAUGGCUCCUCGCCUUUCAUUUACGACGUCCGUCAGUACCCCUACUGCCAUGACUGUUGAGACGCCAUCCUCCGUCCCAGUGCAAUCCCCCACCGACGCUCUGCCCCCUGCGGCAAUGACUGUGAUGCAGCCUUCGGUGGAAGCAGCGCCACCAAUGCGAGAUCACAAGAACCGUAACACCAUUCAAGUGGAACAUGCCGGGGAAGGGUUGCAUGACAGAGCGAAGGAAGCCUUUGAUGCCAACCAUGGACGUGCAGAUGGAUCAAUGGAAACGACAAGCACUGCUGACACCGGGAUGGUCGCAUCUUCGCUUCUUGACGUGAAACGGGAAGAAUCGACUGAUAUUGAGAUGGAGUCAGGCUCUUCGGACAGCGAACAGCCCAAACCGGCAAACGAUGGUAUCUCGCAGCAGCCCGGAGAGAAGUCAAUGGAUAUACCUCCUAUCGUUCCGAUAACGAUUCCUCUUGCCCCUCCCGCAGAAUCCGGUACCGCAACAGCAGCAAACGAUUCUUCACAGGUCCUCGAACCGCAGGAAAAGUUGUCGCCCGCUCUCGUCGAGCAUGGGUCUGCUUCCAUCGAUGAAAUGGCAUCCCCCUCCACUCCCCGGGUUUCCACAUCUGUUGAACAGGAACCUGUCAAUAUCACUCCUCGCGCAAAAAUGCGGGCGCCCCCAGUUGCUACCACUCCAAAGGCCUCUCUGGUUAACGAACGGAAGAGACAUGGUUCUAUGCCCCCUCCAAUGGGCCCCAGCUUUGUUUCAGAUUCCCGACCAGAAUCUUCGCUCACUGCGACUGGGCUCCCUAAACUUCCGAAAAAGGAUCGAUACCGGAAAGGCAUGUCGCUUGAUAAAUUCGGACUGGCGAAACUUCUGGGUCAUGCUUCGCAGGCUCACACAACGGUGCACGGUGAAGGAAAGAUGGCCCCUCCUAGUGCCAGUUCCAGUGCUCUUGCGCUGCAACAUCAAUUACAGCAACAUGGAGGCCAGAGCCAGGCGGUAUCAGAGAGCGACAGUGUCAAAAAGUCGAGAAGGCGAACUUUGCAGUUUGGUUUCCAUAGUCGCAAGGAUAGCAAGGCAUCUUCUGCUGCGGUCGCCACUCCUGGAACCCCUCUUAUGGACAAGGACACCAAUGGUGAGAACAGGUUAUCUUCCAUUACUGGUGGCACUGCCUCUCUGAGGGAUAAGAGAAGGAAAACAGUUCAAAUUGGCUUAAGCACUCAAUCCGAACAGAAAGAUACAACGGUAAACGUUCCUGGUCUCUCUUCUUCUGGUCAUUUAGUCAAGAACCCUGCUACCGAACCUCCCCAGGGAAUCUCCAUUGGUCCUGUCGUUGGGACAGAUGCCUCUGCACUGAGCCAAAGCUCUCCCUCGGCGGUUGCAUUGGAAGCAUUUGCUGCACAGCAGGGUCAUUAUCCUAGCUACCGGGGAUCUUCUAGCAGGGCUUCCAAAGUCAUGGACUGGUUCCGCCGCAAAACAUUUGUAAAAGAGACAUUACCCGAGCCCAAAUCGCCGGUCAUCAAGUCGGAUUCCCAGUCGUCAUUUGUACGAAUUGGUGAAGUUGCCUCACCUGCGAGCAAAACACAGGAAUCUGCUCAAGCGUCAACGGUUUCUCAGGAAAACACUGACAAGGCGGAAGAGAAAAUUGACUCAACCGCUGAUCAGGAGAAUGCCGCAAAGACAACUCCGACCAAAUCCCCUGUUUUGCCACAACCCAUCGGUGCUACUGCUACGACACCCUCUGUAAUGAUAACUCCUCCUCGUCCGACUGCUGCUACCACACCUACUAUUGGUUCUUCAACACAGCAGUCUCCACCCACUACUAUCCGUACACGAUCAGCCUCAACAUUCACUUUCGACGAGUCCAAAAUUCGCGUGCACACUGGUCUGGUUGAUCAGUCAGCGCUUUCCACCAAGCCACCGCAAGAUGUCUUUGUGGAAGUCAUACAGGUCUUGCGCGGUAUGGGCGUGGAGAUGAAGCGUGAGAGUGAUUUCAAAUUGAGGUGCACGAGAGCAAAGAAGAAGGCCGCUGGCACCUCGAUCGGCUUGGGAAGCGUCGUUAGUACGGGGUCGGGUAUGAGCCCUUUCUCGAUUAUGAACAAUGCUUCAGCCAGCAAGACCGACUCUCGAGGGUUGCCUAGACCUACUAGUCCCUCUGCUGUGGCUAACCGAUCGAGCGCAGGUAUCAAGGGUCUUCUCCGUCGGGGAAGUUCUCGAUCCUCUGCUCACCCUGCUCGACUUACUCGGACUGGUGAUGAGGUUCCCAACCCACCAUCUCAAUCCACGCCAAAUCUAGAGCUGCCUGAGUCGUCGAUGGCAUCCAAACCUGAACCAUUAUAUGGCAAAGAAUUAAUGGACGCCGGGGACGAAGUGAAAUUUACAGUAGAGUUGUGCAAGAUGAAGAAUUUACCCGGGCUUUUUAUCCUCAAGAUCAAAAGAACAAAGGGCAAUCUUUGGUCAUUCAAGUUCAUAUACCAGACAGUGAUUGAGCGUACAACCACCCUCACACACUGAUUCAUCAAUCAUACCACAUGAUACGUCCAGUAAUUCCGGCAUGGUUUCUGGUGCAAGUCAAGAAAUAGAUCCAUUCAUUUGCAUCCUCGAUACCCAAUUCCCGUUUUCAUUGACACCCCCCUGUAGUUUUUAAUCCGCAUAAUCGUUAUGUUCUGAUUUCGUUGUCUAUAUUAUUGAAUUAGCAUCUUUUCUUGGCCAAUCCUUCCCCACAAGAACCCAUACAACAAUAUACAUUUAAGUACAGUCUUCAAUUUUCCAGUCCGCAUUGUUCUAGUUCCAUGACUUGCAGUCACUUUUUAGACAGGUUAUUCAAUUGAGACCAUUAUGUAAAAGUCAUUGUCUGUC